UCUUCACUGUGUGCCUCUUCUGUGUGUACCAGAAGUACUUGCAUUUGUGUUCGAUUGCUGCCUGUUGUCGCUGUUUUAGAGAGUUUUGUUCCUGUUGUGAUGUUGUUGUUCUGUGGUCCUCCUGUGCUGUAUGUUCCUAGGUCUUUCUAGAUCGCUGAGUAAGUAUGUAUCUUUAGAUGGAACUGCCUGGUCCUUCUCGGCCACGGUGUAGGCGCGCUCCUAUUUCUGAAGCGAGGAGAGUGCGCCCUAGGCAUUUUGCGGCGGGUUUGGUUGAAUCUCGGCGGCGCCGGCGCGACCUUGCUGCUGCCACCACCGUUUCUGCUCGUGUUCAAGCUGGACAGGAGCGAAAUGUGCGGCCAAGGAUGGCUGCCUGUGACAGUACCUUUCCUCUUCCUAUGCCUGCUAUCGUAGAUCCCACAACCAGUCCUCCUGCCCCAUCUGUUCCUUUCUCCAAUUGCCGGAUCAGUGUUGUUCGUAAGUGCUUAUCCCUGUCAGUGCCGGUGCAAUCAUACCUCUGCCCUUCCUAUUCACUGUGUGCUUCCUUUCCCAUUGUUUCUAAUUCCCUAGGCGACCAUUGGUGUCCAAUUGUUCCUUCUGUACUUGCAACGGCUAACAGGCAGAGGCGGAUGAAACGAAACAAAGAUAGAGCUCUUAUGACAAAAGGUGGUGCCUCCUUUUUACCCAUCCCCUUUGACUUCCUGUUGAUUGCUAUGCUGAUCGUUUGUAUGGGCAGGAUUGAUUCCUUCUGAGCCCUUCAUUGAACCCAUUGUUGCUUUUCCAAAGGAAUAUGCUACUGUCCUCAAAGGUUCCCACCUGUCUCCACUCCGUAAAAAACACCCUUCCCUUCCUCUUUCUUAUGCUUCCUAUUUAACAGCCCCCUGUGUAUCUACACUGCUAUUGCAGAAACGUAUGCUGCCCGCUCAUAUUAUGGAGCCCCUGAAUACGUUUGUCAGCAUUGCAAUUCUAUUUUCUGGUACCAGGAACGGGUUCUCAGCCUGAGCUCACACCCGCAAAAAAGGAUUGUUUAUAAUUUGUGCUGCCGUGGAGGCAGUGUCUCCCUUCCUAGACACCGGGCAUUCCCCCAGCCCUUACGUGAUCUUGUGAGUUUCAGUGGAGGAGCCCGCAACACCAAAUUCAUGAAAUUAAUUAGGCAGUACAACUGCAUGUUUGCCUUUACCUCAAUGGGAGUUGAUAUUGAUAGAUCCGUUAAUACUGGGCGGGGUCCUUAUGUGUUCCGGAUCAAUGGUGUUGUACACCAUAGGAUUGGUUCCCUGCUGCCCAACGAGGGAGAUGCAGCGCAGUAUGCGUAGCUAUAUAUCCAUGACACUUUGAAUGAGGUGCAAAAUAAUCUUGGGAUUUACUCUACUGAAUCAGGGCAUGAUGAUAUGCCAGAUCCAGAGAUCGUUCAAUCGCUGAUUGCCAUGCUAGAUGAGUGCAACCCCUUGGUAAAACAAUUCCGCAUGGCGCGUGAUAGGCUGCUCUCUCCUACUGCACCUGAUGUGAGUAUUAGGCUGGUUGGGACAUCAUAUACAAGCACUGAUAGGUAUAGUUUGCUGGCGGUUGAUGAAUUGGCUGCCCUUAUAGUUGGCGGUGACUCUUCAAUUCCUCGCCAGUUCGACAUAAUUGUGGAGUCACGGCAGUCUAGAUUCAAGCGUAUCUCCCCUAUUCAUCCAGCCCUUAUGACAUUACAAUAUCCAUUGCUCUUUCCCUAUGCUGACAAGGGUUAUCAGCUGGGAAUCAAAUUCAAAAAUGGUGCAGGCGGUGCGGGGUCAAACCGUGGUGCCCGUGAUACAAUUAGUAUGAUGGAGUACCAUUGCUAUUACACACAUUAUCGGAAAGAUGAGCCAAAUCCAAUUAUCUGCUCAGGUCGCCUUUCGCAGCAGUAUAUUGUUAAUGCGUACUCUUGUGUCGAGGCAGACCGGCUCUCUUUCCAUUACCACAAUCAAAAACUGCUGCGUAGUGAAACUUACCAAGGGAUUUCUGAUGCGAUAGCAAGAGGUGCGUCAACAGGGAGAGAUGUGGGAGUCAAGAGAGUUCUACCGGCUUCAUAUCCGGGUAGCAAGCGGCAUAUGAACCAGAAUUACCAUGAUUGUAUGGCUAUUUCAAGAGCCUACGGCCCGCCAAGCCUGUUUACCACAUUCACUUGCAAUGCUUGCUGGCCAGAGAUAGAAGAAGCUCUCCGUUCUGAGCCUGGCCAGAAACCACCUGAUCGAGCUGAUUUGUCCAGCCACGUGUUCCACAUGAAGCUUCAAGAAUAUAUAGAAGACAUUAGAAGCGGUGAAACCUAUGGUCCUGUUUCUGCGUGUGAGGAUUCCAGCUUGCUUUUUUUAAAUAUGUUUCUGCCUGCAUCAUUAGCUCAUCUCUGCAUCACUUCUUUGCUCAUCCUAUGUAGAUGCUGAUACGAUAGAAUUCCAAAAGCGUGGUCUCCCCCAUGCCCAUAUAUUGGUCUUGCAGGCUGAUUGUGGACCUGAACCAUCUGCUGGUUUUGUUGACCAAUACAUAUCUGCGGAGAUACCCAAUCCUAGCGAAGAUCUGUUAGGUUUUGUCCUGGUCCAAGAGUUUAUGAUGCACGGGCCAUGCAGACAAGAACAUGGACCACACCAAGGACCACGGUGCUGGAGGACUCAGCCCUAGACUCGGCAUACAGCACCAAGAACCUACCUCUGACUCAAACGAAGCAGUGCAGGUUCAACUUUCGGCCCUGUUUCUUGCGCAGACUACAGAUUUUAAUGUGUUUCUGCCUCUUCCAGGCUAGCACCAUAAACCGUCUUGGUCUCCAGCUCAGCGUGGAGAUGGAUCAUGAAGGUUGUACUUCCAGACCGACCAAAAAACAGAGCCCUACACUCAAAAUGGAGGACACUUCCACUCCAUCACCAUCUCUCCAGUCAAGGCUGCAGGUUUCACAGCUCAAAUCUGAAAUUGUUGAGAAGCCACAUGUCAUCGCUAUGGAGAACCAAAUAUCAGCCUAUGUUCCUCGCCGUCUGAUCCUCAAAGAAGUCAUGGGACAAUUAAAUCUGAAUGUGCAUGGUACUGGAAUGCUUCCUUUUGGUUUGGACCAAUACAUUGCGUGGAUGUGCGUCGAUCUGCCACGGCAUGGUGGCCGUGGGAAAGACGGCGACACAGUGCUAUACAGCAAUCCAUUUUCUAAUCACGAAGAUGCAGAAGAGAAUUUGGCUGAAUCAGUGCUUGAGUACUAUCAGAGCAACAGAAAGAUUGAGAUCAAUGACUUCAAUCAAAAUGUGUUAAAAAAGAAGCAGUAUGAGCUAGAUAUCAGUAACUUCUUCUGCCAGGCAUUUGAGGACAAGAUGGAUGAGAUGAGGGCCUAUCCUGGAACCUACAGCAAGAUGAGCGCUGAACAGUUCUACUCUGAGGCUUUCCAGGACAACAUGACUUAUCUUAUCAAGGAGCGCACUACAGAAACUAAUCAAUGCAAGGCAGUUCAUCGCCGCAUCGCAGAUGUUUGUCGCUCAUUUUCUGAUAUCCUCCCAAUCAAAGAAAUGUGCCUCCCUGGAGACAGCAGUGAUGCUCACAGCAGUCAGCUCACUUUCACAGGAGAUAAAGAGAAUCCUUCGCGUGUUGAUCAGCUUGCUCUUCUCCUCCUAGACAUUCUCCGUGAUGGGCACAUUCAUGCGGCCAAACAUGGCCGUUUCAUGCACUAGAAUGCUCCAAACACCAUUCAGAAUUCCUUUUGGGUGUUAUAGCUGAUACCACAGAACACCAUUCAGAAUUCCUUUUGGGUGUUAUACCUGAUAGCCGUUUUGACCACAGCAUGGUCCUUUUGUUCUAUAUAUUCUGACUCAUCAAGGCCUACUGCUGCAGAUAUCAAAGCCUGUUCAUACCAGGCCACCUUCUUUUAUCUUCUGCAUCUUGAACACUUAAUCCUCUGCCCAGGCCAAGCAAAGUAGGCUAAUGCAUUGGGGAGCAGAUCGGUGGUUUCUCUGAUACAAAAAACAAUCAGGCUGCCAACCUCUUAGCUCAUACAGUUAUGCCAUGGUUGUUCAUAUGUAUCAAGAUUAAUCAUAUAUGACUCCUAUAGUAACAUGCUAUCUGCUAUGAAUGAAGCCAGCUGUGCUAUGAACAUCUCA